AUGGCCUUGCAGAUGACGUGGCAGCCGAAUCUGCAGCGAAGGAAGAGCGGGGCGCCGCCGCUGGGCCUGAGGAACCUCGGCAACACCUGCUACCUCAACAGCGUCCUCCAGUGCCUCACCUACACCCCUCCCCUCGCCAACUUCUGCCUCCGUGGUCAGCAUACUCGUCUCUGUAAGACUCAAUCCUGCGCCUCUUUUGCCCUACCUCUCCUCUCUUGCAGUUCCCCGCAAAAUGCGAUUUCCGCCCUUUCUGUGUCCUCUCGCCGGCCGACGGUGGAUAGCAUGCCAAUUCUAAUUUGCUUAAAAUGUCCUCCAGGCAAGAAGUUGGAUGGCGAUGACAAUAAGAGGGAAUGCCCUUUCUGCAUCUUGGAGAAGCGAAUUUCACGGUCACUUAGCAUCGACGGGCCCCAUGAUGCACCCUCUAAGAUUGAGAGCUGUCUUCGGCUGUUUGCAGAGCACUUCCAGUGGGGACGCCAGGAAGACGCCCAUGAGUUCCUCCGUUAUGUUAUUGAUGCCUGUCAGAACACCUGUCUUAAGCUCCUCAAGGCUGCUGCAUCCAACAGUGAUAGCAUGGAUACAGACAAGGACCGCAGCGGUGGCAGGGAGUCCAAUACAGUUGUGAGGGAAAUAUUUGGGGGAGCCCUCCUUAGCCAGGUAAAGUGCCUCUCGUGCAAUGCAGAGUCGAACAAGACAGAUGAGAUCAUGGACAUUAGCCUUGACCUCUACCAGAGUAAUUCCUUGAGUGAUGCACUCAGGCGUUUCUUUCAGCCCGAAAUCUUGAAUGGUAGCAACAAAUACUGCUGUAACAGGUAUGCCCGUGCUACUCUUACUCUUUUCCAAGUUGUUGGGGUAUUUGCUGCUGCAUUUUUCGUAUAACUUUUAUUUUAUAAGCCCACAACAUUUUAACAGGCUUUGAUCAUUGAUGAUUUUUCAGCUGUAAGAAGCUCUCUGAAGCCAGAAAGCAGAUUUUUGUUCUUGAGGCUCCAAAUGUCCUCGUAAUCCAGCUCAAGGUGAUUUCCCAUCCAUCUUUUGAUCAUUUUUGCAAACAAAGCGCUUUUUAAAUCGUCUAGAAUAUCAUGAAGACAACUAGUGAGCAUUUUGUUUCUUCAUAGAGAUUUGAGGGUGUGUAUGGUGCAAAGAUUAAUAAGGACAUUGCAUUCGAGGAGGCUCUCCUGCUCUCAAGCUUUAUGUGCAAAGCAAGCCAGGUAUGCUUUCAUUUUUUAUAUUACUUUGUUUGCCGUAGCUGUCAGUAAAUCCUCAUUGCAAUUGCUUGCUUUUUAAUUAAUCAUUUACCGAAAUAAAGUUGGGGGGAGAAAACAAAAGUUUUUUUUUCUUGUUCUUUUGUUGAGAAAAACAUGAUAUAAAUAUGGUGCAAACAUGAUUUUAGAAUCAGAAUCCGGUGCUAAUGCAUGAUUUGAAUACUAUAACAUAAAUGUCGCCUCCGAUUUCAUUUUAAAUUGUAAAUACUACAAUCAACUCACAGAGUCCAAUAACUCCUGGUUGAUUCCUGACCAAUUCCAGGUAAAAUUCGUAUUGAAUAUGGUGUGAACGAGGUACAGAGUCUGCUCCUCUGAACCAAUAUAAGAACUACCAUUGCGAUCAAGAGUAUAUAUGAUUCCAUCAUUCUAACUCGGAUGAAAGGGUUGAAACCAAACAGAAUGCGUUAAAGUUCUGGAAAAAAGAAAAAAUCUACCGGAGUAAAACAUUUUCUUUUAUGAGGAAAAGUGAGAGGAAGAAAGUGAUUAGCAGCGUCAAUGUAGGUGUGGUUUUCAUCGCUGAAUUUUUUUUCCGGAUUAGAUGCUUCACGAAUGAUGGCUACGAAAUUGUUUAACCUGAUGAUAUUUGUGCUUUCAAGCCAUAUUUGAGCAGGGACAAAGGAGUAAAUUCAAUAUAUCUGUGCUCUGCUUUUGGCACUUAUAAACGUAGGGGACAGUUGGGCAUCUUCUUUCUCUUGGUAGCCAUUCUAAUUAGACAGUGCUAUCAGUAUAAUUUUGAAAAAAAAAAAUCAAAUUCAUCUGAAGGUAUAUAUAUAUAUGUAUAUAUAUAGAUAGAUAGAUAGAUAAAGUGACAGAAGACUGUAUUGACCUCCAUCAGGCUUGCGGAAUGAGUGUUCAAAAUGAGAAGACAUGACUACAAUGAAGAAACCAAAUAAAUGGAGGUUCCUAAGGACUCAUCUGUCGUAGAUAAAUAGUUCUAAUAUUUCUAAUUAUAAUGAAUAACUGAUGUCGAUUUUACCUACUAUUCGAUUAGUAAUAGAGUGUUAACAAAUAUACCUUCGAAAUGAACUGUCAUUAGCACUAGAAAGACAGAGAGGAGACGAACAAAACGAAGACGGGAGAGAAAGUAAGCAGGAUGAGGGUUGGGUAGGCAUAGAGCCAGUUUGGGAAACAGACAAAGGGAUUCAGAAGCAUGCAUAGGACAGUGAGAAGGGUUGUUCAGGUUGGAAAUAAGAGAAAGAGGCAAGGGGAAUAGAGGAGAAAGUUAUUUCAACUUAGAAGGAUUUACAUUUUAGGGUUCUGGGAGUAAAAAAAACUGUCAUUCGACACCCGUAAGGUGCCAGCAAUAAUGGUGAAUCAGCAGGGGUCUGAUGGGGGGAGAGUGAGAAGGAUGAGACGGUUAGGAUAAAAGUUGCUGGAUAUCUCAGUGGAUGACUGGACCAGUGCACUGAGGGUAAUGGUGACCAUCUGCCAAAUCCAAUGGAGAAAGGGUGCAAGUACAUGUGAUGGGACAAGGGUUGGACCCUCAGAAACCUCUUUCCUUUCUCUGUCAAAACUUGGGCUGCCUUUUUCCGGCUAGAACGUUUGUGCUGGACCUUCCAUCAAACUCUUGUUGUCUGGCAUGCAAAUAACCAUGAGACUGAUGUAUUGGGUUCUUCUCUGGUAUCUACUUUGAUUUAGGUACCUCUUUAAGUUAUUGCCACGUGCCUCUAGAUGUAUUCUUUUGAUCUACAGUUCUGUUAUGUGAGGAAAAUUUACUUUAAAUAUUUAAGAAGCUGAUUCAUUAAUCCGAGAUAUCCAGUUUUUCUUCCUCACCGUUGUUAUCUACAUUAUCUGGAUUAUAUUUUAGAAUCACGUUUUACUUGUUGUUUCAAGAAUCAAUUUCUGAUCACGUCUAUGGAAAUCCAGGACCCGCAUCCAGAGUACAAUCUUUUUGGUAGCAUUGUACAUUCAGGAUACUCGCCAGAGUCGGGGCACUACUAUGCUUAUAUAAAGGUGUUCUUCCAUUCCUCCUUUUAUUUAACUUUUUACAGAUUCUCUCUUAAAAUAUCUACUUUGGACAUCUGUGGCCUGACAAUUCCUAAGUUUCUCCAUGCCAUUGACAGGAUGCCACCGGCCGUUGGUAUUGCUGUAAUGAUGCUUAUGUUUCACUUUCCACUGCACAAGCUGUCUUAUCAGAGAAAGUUUAUAUUCUGUUCUACGUACGAAGCAAUCAAAAACCGAAGGACACCAAGACUGGCCUUGCCACCAAUGGUCUUAAAUCUCUGGAGUCCAAUGGAAGUAGUGCACCAGUGAAUCAUAAGCCAUAUGUUAGUUCCAGACAAUCAUCUGUUAUACAGAAUGGGAUGCAUCUAGCCCUACCAAAGUCUGCCAGUACAAAUGGAAAUGGCACCUUACCUAUGCGUAAUGGAAGUGCUUCCAUUAUUUUGAAACCAUCAGCCAAUGGGGCGCUUCAUCCUGAAAAGGAAACGGCUGUGUUGAGGAAUGACAAAAUUUUGUCAAAGUCUCCCAUGAAAUUUUCAAACUUGAAAAAUGUGGAACUGAAAAGAGCUGCCCGCAAGAAUGAAAAUGAUAACCCAAAUGCUCAUGGAAUUGAGGCAGUUAAGACCAACAGUAGUUCUGGGCACUCCAAAGCCAUGAAAGAAACUGCUAGCUCACCAACCUUCAAGUCCAAUUGGAAAUCAGCAGCUGCACAUGGUAGAGAGGAGUUGGGACAUUCAUUUGCAAAUAAUUCAGAGGGUCAUUCUUCUGAUUCCACAGAAAGAAUUACCAAGUCUGGUGGCACAGUGUCAAAUGGAAAUGGGUGCAUUAAAUUGAUGAAAUGUGAGACCACUGAUGACAAUGAUGCUGCUCUGACCUCUCCAGUUACAAGCGGAACUCAUGCUAGCCAUAGUCAAGCUGUAGAGAGCUGCAAGCCAGUUGUCUCCUCUGUCUGUAAAAGAAAAGCAGAGAACCGCACGGUUGGGAAUUCACGUGCCUUUGACUCGCCUGGAGAGGAUGUUCCAACCCGUAAAUGUAGAGCAAACGCAGACAAAUAUUUUCCUGGCGGACUGGAAAAGUACAAGGAAGUGUAUGCUUCUCUUCCACCCAGAACGAAGAUCUUGUUCUUUCAUUUCAUCCUUGGAAGUUUGAAAUCAUCUUAUUUUCAGCAAGGGGGGUCUAUUGGUCUCGUAAAAAAUCUGUCACACAGGUCUAAUACUUGGUCUGUUGCUCCGUUUGCAUGAGGCCAGGAAUUUUUUGUUCUGGCGUGAUUGCCAUUGACCAACUUUCGUCAAACCGAUUUGUUUUCUUGGUGUGAUUUUUCAUAUAGUUUUAAUGAUUGGAUUUAUUUUUUUCCUGAAUUAAUUCACUCGGACCGAAGGCGGCAAAAUUAAUUCACUGUUCUUUUACCCCCCCAAGGCAGUGAAGAGUGAGGCCUAUCUUUGGAGUCUUCUUUUAAUCGUGAAGGGCAUGUUUUUCGCAUUAUUUCCUGUCGUCUUGUCGCCUUUUCUCAUCAUUUCUUUGAUCAUCCUCUUUCAGGAUUGCUGUGGAGGCUUCUUUCAAGCUGCGGUCAUGUGGCUGGGCUGACGAAGUGCAUGACUUUAUGCGAGCCCAAAAGCGAUUAUGUACCGAAGUAGCAGACAGCAAUCGUUCUGAUAAAACCGAAUUAAAGUGAGUAUUCUGUUCGUUCUCAAAUUGCACUACAUCAAUACCUGACAUAUUUUGAUCGCUGGAAUCCCCCCCCCCCCCUCACCUCGCCAUCUCCCUUCUUAGCAUCUGUCAGGCUUCCUGCAUCUGCUUCCUUUUUUUUUUUUCUUUUCUUUUUGUGUCUGUGUAGAACAAACACUGAGGCGCCACAUCUUGUGGCGAGUGACCUCGAUUGCAUGGCAGUGCUGAGCUUCCCGCGAAAACAUCCGCCAGAUGAUGAGUUUUAACCCCAAGAUCUCACAACUAGUGAAUGCAAACCCAUCUGUUGGGAACCGAACCUGUGAGAUUCUACUUGGAUCUGUCAUUGUUUCUAUGGAUCCAUCUGUGCCCUUCAUUCAGCCUUCUCACUCCUAUUUUCGAGGAAAUAAUCAUCCACUGACGUUGCUCUGUAGUUCGUCCCUUAAUUCUUUCUUGGUGCAUGUGAUCCUACCAGCUUUUCCACAUCGAUGAAGCAGCCAAGGCAUUUUGAAUCAGUUCAUGAUGAGAUCCCCUUAGAAUCGGGCUCCGUUUUUGGUGUAAAAUCUCGCGGAAUAGAGAGCAUAGAGUAGACAGGAGCAGCAAAGAGGACGCAUGUCUGGAACGUCAGAAAGAAUUCGCUCCUGACCUGAUCCUCUGUAUUGACAGCAUCCCACCAAUCGAUUCAGUGGCAUUAGAACAACUUAAACUCGUGAUCAUCAUCAUCAGCAUCCUACAGAUCCCGACUUACUGCAAUACGCAAUUCAUCUCGCUGCAGAAAACUACUGCCUGGUCUGCAUCUGACUUUCUUCUGUUUCUUCUUGCCCCAACACAGGAAACUGCUCAUCGCAGAUGCAAAGAAGGCGUUCACGUCCAGGCUCCCGAAUUCCAUCAGGCAGAGCCUCAUAGAACGCCUUAAAUUGUUCAGCCUGGGGAAAAGCCUUCCGGACGAAUCUUAG